AUGCCAUGUGUGACACAACUCCGACUUACUGGGAUCAAGUUCAGCCCAGCCAAAAGCACUACUGAUAGCUUCUUGGAGAUAAAUUUCGACCAAGGGGUGCUAGAAAUCCAACCUAUAACCAUCAAUGAUUUCACCAGUACCGCCUUAAUCAAUUGUGCCGCCUUAGAACAAUGCCUCCAACAUACCCAUACAUGUUUUUCUGCAUAUAUUGCCUUCAUGAGUUGUCUCAUCAACUCAGCGAGAGACGUUACAUUUCUUUGUGAUGAUGGAAUUAUCGCCAAUUCCUCCUACAAUGAUCUAUUUGUUGCUCAUCUUUUCAAAAAAUUGGGAGAAAAUGUUGAGUUCAAUAUUAGAGAUCUUUACCUCUCUAAGCAAUUCAGAGAUGUGGAGGCCUACUAUAGAAGCCACUGGGCAUCUUUGAGGCAUAAAUAUUUUAGCAAUCCGUGGAGAUCUAUCUCAGUUGUCACAGCCUCUGUUCUACUGUUGCUGGCGGGGAUACAAGCAAUUAUGAACAUUUUGAGCUAA